CAGGAUCAUUCACAGUCUGGCUGCUCCACUCUGACGGCGUGUGUUGGAGGUAGCGUAGCGCUACAGUCAUAUUAAACAACAGACGUCCUAAACAACAGCGUUUUCAGACAUAGCACAGAGGACUCUCACGAAACACCCCGAUAUAUGCAGGAACAACCGUGAGUUCAAGUGCUAGAAGGUGUCGGUGACCGUUGAUUAGCGGCUGCGCUAGCUGUUUUGCUAACACCUCGUUCACAUCCACCGUCUUCAGACAGCAUCACUCCCGCUCCACAGUUGCCUCUAACGGCUUCUCUCACGCUCGAGGCAGUCGUUAUUGAGUUAUUGACUUGUCCCGCUGGAGUUGGCGUCGGAGCUGAAUCCCUCCUCGUGGCUCCUGUGCUCCCCUGUUACCUUUGCCCCCUCUCCCACCCGAAACACUGGACACACACAAGCGGCCGGAGAACGGCGAGAGGCCCGUGAAGCUGGGGGUGGCACCGGACUCGCACGCUGUCGGAGCGCCUGAAGAGAGGCACAGUCGUGGGGACGCGCCGGAGAACAUGGACGGGCUGGCGGUGGAGGUGCGCGGCUCUAACGGGGCCUUCUACAAGGGUUUCAUCAAGGAUGUACACGAGGACUCCCUCACAAUAGUCUUUGAAAACAACUGGCAACCAGAGAGACAGCUGCCGUUCAGUGACGUGAGGUUGCCACCCCCAGCCGAGUACCACAAGGACAUCUGUGAGGGAGAUGAGGUGGAGGUUUACUCCAGAGCCAACGAGCAGGAGCCCUGCGGCUGGUGGUUAGCGAGGGUGAGGAUGAUGAAGGGAGAGUUCUAUGUGAUCGAAUAUGCAGCCUGCGACGCCACAUACAACGAAAUUGUCACAUCGGAGCGAAUCCGGCCGGUCAAUCCCAACAGCCCCUCGUCUGAAAACUCCUUUUACAAAGUCCCCAUCGCUGUACCCGAGGAUCUCCGAGACAUCUGUUUGACUGAGAACAUUCACAAAGACUUCAGGAAAGCAAUCGGAGCCAACUGCAUCUUCUACAACACCUUUACACACCAACUUAUAGUCCUGUCCACGAGCGAGUGCACGGUGAAACGAGCAGCUCUACUGAGUGACAUGCACUUCAGGAGCAUUCGCACCAAACUCAUGCUGAUGUCCCGCAACGAGGAGGCCACCAAACACUUAGAGACAAGUAAACAGCUGGCGUCUGCGUAUCAGGAGGAAGUGAGGGUGCGUGAGGAUCUAAUGGGUCUGGCCAUCGGUUCUCACGGUGCCAACAUCCAGCAGGCCCGAAAAGUUCCCGGCAUCACUGCCAUUGAGCUGGAGGAAGAGAGCUGUACAUUCAGGAUCUACGGAGAGACCCCAGAGGCUGUGAAGCAGGCCAGGACGUAUCUGGAGUUCAUGGAGGAUUCCUUCCCGGUUCCCAGGAACCUUGUAGGCAAAGUCAUUGGCAAAAACGGCAAAAUAAUCCAGGAGAUAGUAGACAAAUCGGGCGUGGUUCGAGUGCGGAUCGAAGGGGACAAUGAUAAAAAGCUGCCCAGGGAGGAGGUAGGCAGGCAGGGGGCUGGCAGAGACAACACUGUGAGCAGCCAAGAGGGAACGGUUCCCUUCAUCUUUGUUGGAACCAAGGAGAACAUCAGUAACGCCCAGGCCUUGCUCGAGUACCACGUGGCCUACCUUCAGGAGGUGGAGCAGCUGCGUCUUGAGCGCCUACAGAUCGAUGAACAGCUCCGUCAGAUUGGGGUGGGAUACCGCGCACCCCCCAGCCGCUCCGGUUCAGGGGUCACCGGCGAGCGUGAAAGAGGUUACCUCACGGACGACAGCACCAACUCCCUGCAGACCACACGCACCUAUGGAGGAAGAGGACGAGGACGCAAACCGAACAAUGCAUACUCUGGCUAUGGAACAAACUCUGAAUUGUCAAAUGCAUCAGAGACAGAAGAGAUAGCAGAGCGAGAGCUCAGGCCUAAAGGUGUUGGAGGAGAUGACAGAGGCUCAAAGCGAGGAGGACGGGGCCGUGGCACCAGCGCAAGCAGAGGCCGUGGAGGACCAGGGCCACGAAACACCAACACUAUCAGCUCAGUGCUCCGAGAUCCUGACAGUAACCCGUACUCUCUCCUGGAGGGAGAAGGUGAAUUAGGCGCUGACACAGAUGCCAGUGAAAGCAUGGGCGGCACUGACCGUAGGAGACGUUCACGCCGUCGGAGAAACGACCAGGAACCCAGCCUUAUAGAUGCAGCCGCUAAUGAAUCUGACAGUCAGGCAGCCGCCAGUGAGAACGGACUGGAAGAGGAGGGCAGGCCCCAGCGCCGCAAUAGAAGCCGCCGGCGUCGCACCCGAGGCAGUCGUCCUGAAGGGGGCUCCACCAGCCGCGACAGACAGCCAAUUACCGUUGCAGACUUCAUCUCUCGUGCUGAUUCCCAGAGCAGACAGAAUCUCCCGGUGAAGAACGAGGUGAUCCAGCACACGUCCCAUCCCAAGGAAAACGGGACUAGCGUGAGACAGGAAGAGUGCACUGCUCCGAAGCGCUCCCCUAGCAAUGGCGUAGCUUCGCCCGGGGAGGCUCUAGCCCUGGUGAAUGGGGUCUCGUAAAAAGUCAUCUCGCCCCCUCAAGACCCACGUCUGCAGCGAGACACCACGGCGAACUCUGUAACCUGCUUGCAUUCACGUAAACCUUUAAACUGACGAAUGAGAAAUCGACUUAAAUCCUUGAAGUCUAUGAGAAGUAAAUGAUACAAAAAAAAAAAAAAAAAUGAACGAAUCUACUUUAAACCACACGUAAUAGUGUAUGUUUAUCUUCUCUAUCAGUACUUAGUGCUUAUCUACCACAAGCUUGCCAAAAAUGAGCUGAAGGAUGUGACUUAAAUCUCUGACAUAACUGAAAACAGGACGUGACUUUUUGGGCGUUUUUUUUUUUUUUUUUUUUUUGCGGUUGUUGUUGUUGUUGUUGUUAUUGUCAUGGUCAUUGUUCGUUUUUGAUUGUUUGUACUCACUGGUGUGGGAUUGUGAAACUCUCCCGAACAGACGCAUCUCUUAAACAGUGUUAGCUAAAAGAGGGCGGGGCUAGCAGAGAGGCGAUGGGCUGAAGGCGGAGCCUCUUAUGAGUGAUUGACAGUUCAAUCUGUGGUACUCUGAAUUUAAGGGCAAAAAGAGGAAACCGAGAGACAUUGUGCCUUGAAUUUGAAAAAACUUGAGUAUUUUCUUUUUCUUUCUUUCUUAAUAUUUGCGUUGUUCAUGGGAUUAAGUAGAUGGUUCCUGUCGGAGGAUUAAGAGGGGUUCGGAUUAGGGUGGUGGGGGGUGGAUCAAAUAAUUAAUGCCAAACAUGAAAUUAGGAUGUUUGUCCAAGGACAGGUCAUUAUGUGAAAGGCGUUUAAUCUGUGUGUGUACAAGUGUGUGUCCUGUUGGUGAGACAUGCAGCAAGAGCAUAAAAAUGGGGAGGAAUGAUAUCCAAGAGGAAUCCCGGAUGGAUUCGGUCUCUCCAGGGCAGAAAGUAGCACGAGUGUCGGUGGGCGGAGCUAGAAAGAGACGUUAAUGAACGGACAGGUUCAUAGUGUUGGUAAUCUUCAGUAUUUCAGCAUCUCUUUCCUCGCUGUACGUGGAAGGAAGUGGGGAGGAAAGCUUCCGGCCCACAGCCACAGGACAGGCAGGAGGGGACUGGUGACCCUCUGGGGUCCAUGAUUGGUUUUGAUGGUCUAGAAGGCACAGUGAAACUUUAUUAAGAUAAAGCCAGAAACACUGAGACGGAUUCGUACACACACACACACACACGUGCAUCUAAAGAGCAUUGUAAUACACUGCAGUUUUAGCCUCUUCUGUCUCUGCUGGGAGAUCUGAAGGUGAUGGAGCGUUUUCUCACUUUGUAACGGUCAUCUUGGUUCCUGCCCUCAAAUAUUAUUUUUCUUCUUCUCUUUUUGGUUCUUUCCACAUCAUAGAAAAACAAAAAAGAUUAAAAUGAAAGUGAAAUAAAUUAUUUCUGGAAUGACA